AUGGAAAAAUACAAGUGGCAAUCAAAAAUCAAAACGAACAUAAUUCUGCUGCGAAUCAUGGGUCUGUGGCCCGAAGGUGACAAAACUUACGAACCUGGAUUCUACAUGGUAUAUUCUUCAAUCACAGUAUCACUUUUCGUCUUCGGACACAUAUUCUUUCAAGUGGUAAAUGUCUAUUUCAUUGCUCACGAUUUGAAGUCAAUAGUGGCAACUUCUUACCUCUUGCUUAUGGAAAUUCUGGGAGGAGUGAAAGCGUAUUAUUUAAUCAAAAAUAUGAAAAUACUCAAAGAAAGAAUGAUCAUUUUUAAGAGCGACUGGUUUCAGCCAAGGAACACUCAACAGCGAAAUCUCAUCGAGCCCACCAUUUACGUCUGGAAGACGAUUUAUAAAGUGUAUUUGAGCAUGUGUUUUGGAGGUAACACCUUCUGGGCAAUUUAUCCUAUGAUGGAUAAAUCCGAAGAGAAAAGAUUACCGUUUCUGGGGUGGUACCCAUACGAUUAUAAAAAGUCGCCGUAUUAUGAAAUCACUUACAUAUAUCAAGUGAUAGGCAUUUGCUAUCUGUCUACACUUCAUGUGAAUGUCGACCAAUUGAUAUCAGCAUUCAAUGUGUAUACUUCUUCUCAGUUCGACAUGUUGAGAGACAACAUUAGGAAUCUGGCAAAUGUAGAUCAGACAUCUAGUAAUGAUGUGUAUCACAACAUGUUAAGGUGUGUAGAACACCAUAAAAAUAUCUUAAGGUUUAUUGAAAGCUCGACGAAAUUUUUCAACUGGAUUUUAUUUUGGCACCUUUUGUUUAGUGGUGUCUCCAUUGGCAUAACUAUGUUUCAGCUAACAGCGGUUGUCCCUUUUUCCAGCGAAUUUUACUCUCUCCUUUCGUAUGGUCUUGCUAUAACUGUUCAGAUAUUUAUGCAUUGUUGGUCUGGAAACGAGGUACAAGCUAAGAGUGGUAAUCUUUCAUAUGCUGUAUUCGAAUCCGACUGGACUGAUCUACCUGAAGAUAUUAAAAAGAAGUUGUUUUUUUUCACCAUGCAUUUAAAACCAGUUCAAAUAUCUGCGUUGAAUUUGUUUUAUCUUUCAUUGGAUACAUACAUGAGGAUUCUGAAAACUGCUUGGUCAUAUUUUGCUCUUUUGUAUCAAGUGUCGUCGCAAAGUUAA